AUGAUUGGUACGCGUCAUCGACAAGAUUUAACAAGUUCUAGUAUAUGUUCAACAUGUUCUGCGACUAGUACGAAUGCUCGAUGGAGUGAUAUAUCUUCUAGAGCAAAAUUUAAUCCGACUAUAGUAACAUCUCAAAGGCCAAUAAUAAAAUCCACUCGUCGUUGUAUAAUUUCUUCAGUUCCACCGUCAUGGUCGCCAAUUUCUUCAGUUUUACCUCAAACUACCACACUUCGUGAUUUUUGUUUACCACGACAAGAACCUCGACCACCAAAUGAUGUACUAAAUCGGUCACCAUUAAGUUCAUGUUCACCAUCAUUAGCUAAAUUUAGUCGGACGAGUCUUGGACAACAUGUUUCAAUAUCAACAAGUACAACAACACUUCCAUCAACAAUCAAUCCAAAUAAUACUCUUCAUCCACCAAUGUCUUAUCUUACCGUUACUGGUCUUAACAUACAUCAUCAGCGACGUCAUACACGGUAA